CCUCCUCCUCGUCCUCCCACCCCCAUUAUAUUCUCCGGCUAGCCCACACACCUUCCUACCAAUUUUCCCCAUCCUCCACACGCCCUCACCACACCCGUCUCCUCAUAGCCUCCUAGCGCUCCUGCUCAUCACUCCUCCGCCUCAGCUUGUUCAUCCUUAAUUGAAAGGCCCUUCAGGAACGGGGAUUUCUUGGAGCAAAAUUUGGGUUUCUAUACGCAGAUUGGAUUGGGUUCAGGGAUGAGGGGAGAGAAGGGGCUGCAUCACCUGCCUCGAUUCCCAUCUCUCUGAACUUAUGGAUGCAUCUGUGAACUUCAAGAAGGUUAGCUCUUGUGGAAACACCGGUCAUAGCCGCUGUGGUGAAGCUCAUAAACCUGUCCAGCCGUGUCGCAUGCGGGAUCGCUGCUUAAACAGAAAUAACCCCUUCUCACUUCAGGUUUGGUUUGCAUUUCCAUUUAAGUACAAAAGCAGCUGUAUUUGGCAUGGCAUCUGAGUAGCAUCAGAACCUCAAAAGCAAAGUUUGUCAGCAAUAUUACACUAUUGUUGGUGUCAUACUUUCUAUAUAAAGAUGGUGACUGGGAUGUUUUUUGAGGACAAUAAUGAUCACAGCAUCAGCUCUGAGGACGAAGAGACACUUGUCAGGAGUUGCAGUAGUCUCAGCGUCAGCUUUGGAUAUCAUUGCAAUUCUUAUCAGAGCUUUCCUCUUGAAAAUGAUGAGCAUGAAACGUCUCACCAGAUGAGGUUUGAAACUAAUGACCUGAUGAAGUCACGAAAUGGCUCAUUUACUUGUUUAUCUGGUGCUGCAAUUAGUGCAAAUUUCACACUGGCCAAUACAAAUAUUUGCAAUGGUCUUAUUGGGGAAGAAAUUUUACCAGAACUAGAUUCUCCAAAUUCUUUCAGAAAAAUUGUUUCUUCUCCAUCUAUGUCAAGAUUGGACUUACUAUCCACCUCACAAGGCAGCCCUUCAUCAAUUGAUAGCCCCAUAUUUGAGAUCAGCAAAAAUAUUUGGAGGUCCAGCGCUCCAACAAUUGUAUCAUCCAAUUUUCUGACUGGUACCGAGGUUAAAAUGGCUGGUGGAGCUGCUGGAGAGGAUAGAGUCCAAGCUGUUUGCUCCGAGAAAAAUGGAUGGUUGAUUUGUGGAAUAUAUGAUGGAUUUAAUGGACGAGAUGCAGCUGAUUUUCUGGCAGUAACUCUAUAUGAUAACAUAGUAUAUUACCUGUACUUGUUAGAGUGCCGUAUCAAGCAACAAUAUGGCAUAUAUAACUCACUGGAAGACUCCCUUAAUGGUGUUAAAAGUGAGUUAACGUUGGCCAUGAGAAUUGCAGAAAAUGAAGAUGUAAAACUUUCUGAAAGUUUUCGAGCAGGUGUGCUAAAUUGCCUCACUUCUGCUGUUGAGCAAGCUGAGAAUGAUUUCUUAUCCAUGGUUGAACAUGAUAUGGAUGAUAGACCAGAUUUAGUUUCAGUUGGGUCUUGUGUUCUGGUUGUGCUUCUUCAGGGAACAGAUUUGUGCAUUCUAAAUCUUGGGGAUAGUAGAGCCGUCCUUGCUUCCAUGCCAUAUGCAAAGAUGGAUACAGUGAAAGCUAUUCAAUUGACAGAGAUCCACUCACUUGAAAACCCGUCGGAAUACCAAAAACUCUUAGCUGACCAUCCUAAUGAGUCUAAAGUUGUGACGGGUGACAAAGUAAAAGGGAAGUUGAAGGUUACUCGUGCUUUUGGAGUUGGCUAUCUAAAGCAGAAAAAGUUCAAUGAUGCACUCAUGGGAAUUCUCCGAGUUCGUAAUUUGUGCAGUCCACCUUACGUAUAUACAAAUCCACACACACUGAGUCACAAAGUUACGGAGGAUGAUUUGUUUGUUGUGCUUGGUAGCGAUGGCUUAUUUGAUUUCUUCAGUAAUGAUGAAGUUGUUCAGUUGGUUUAUCAAUUUAUUCAUGAUAGUCCAUUUGGUGAUCCUGCAAAGUAUCUCAUUGAGCAAGUUGUACAUAAAGCUGCCAAGCAAGCAGCUUUAACGGCUGAACAGUUGAUGAGGAUACCUGUGGGGAGCAGGAGAAAGUACCACGAUGAUGUGACAGUCGUCGUUAUAAUCCUUGGAAACGCGCGAAGGACGGUGAGCGCAUCGACUUCAAUAUGAAAGACUGCAGAUGUCAAGAAGAAGCUAUGAGCUGGUAAAAUUUUGUGGGUGUUAGGAUUUGAACCUUUCUGAGGGUUCUGGUGUGAUAGUGAAUAAUAAACAUAAUAAUGUGUGUAUAUACUUCAAGUCAAAAGGUUCACUCACCGAGACCUGUUUGGCUUAAUUUUGUACGCGGCUAAAAAUAAUUUGGCGCCUUUUUCGGUAUUGUGAUUUAAUGAGCAGAACGGGGAUACCCUUCAGUUCACAUUA